AUGGGAGCCACUGACCCAGUGUGACCUGUCUCUAAGGUACAAGAAAAUAAAGACCACCCGUACCAGUCCCUCAGACACCUCCCAGUAUGGAUGGCCUGGUCGAGCAGAACAGUGUGCUAAUGCACAAUAAGAUUGCUGAAGCCGGGAAAAGGAAUGGUUUAAUUAACACGAGGAACUUAGUGGCAGAGAGCCGAGAUGGUCUGGUCUCUGUGUACCCAACCCCCCAGUACCAGAGCCACCGAGCGGGCAGCCAUUCCUCUCCGAGCUGCCUUGAGAACGGCAGGAAUGACCCCGUGCAGCAGCUCCUGGACCCCAACAUGCUGCAGCAGACAGUGGAAUCUCACUACCGGCCCAACAUCAUCCUCUACUCGGAGAAUGUGCUGCGCUCGUGGGGCGAGAGCAUUGGCUCGGAGUGCUGUGAAACUACCUUCAUUGAGGACCGCUCUCCCACCAAAGACAGCCUGGAGUACCCGGACAGCAAGUUCAUUGAUCUCUCAGCGGAUGACAUCAAGAUUCACACCCUCUCCUAUGAUGUGGAGGAAGAGGAGGAUUUCCAGGAGCUAGAGAGCGAUUACUCAAGUGACACCGAAAGCGAAGACAAUUUCCUGAUGAUGCCACCAAGAGAUCAUCUUGGCCUCACUGUGUUCUCCAUGCUCUGCUGCUUCUGGCCAUUGGGAAUCGCUGCCUUUUACCUGUCUCAUGAG